UCUCGCGCUGCUGCUGCUGCUCAGAGUGCAGACAUGGCGGCGGAUCUGAAGCCCGACUGGCUCUCCUGUCUGCCUUCAGCCUGGAGCUCCGGGGUCACGCGGGACGGGCGCGUGUUCUUCAUCAAUGAAGAAGCGAAGAGCACGACCUGGCUGCACCCGGUCACCGGAGAGGCGGUCAUCACCGGACACAGGAAGACCGCAGAUCUGCCGACCGGAUGGGAAGAAGGAUACACGUUCGAGGGAGCGCGCUGCUUCAUCAAUCACAAUGAGAGGAAAGUGACCUGUAAGCAUCCUGUCUCUGGCGCUCCCUCACAAGACAACUGCAUCUUUGUCGUCAACGAACACCUGAAUUGUGGGAAACUUGUCCAUCCUGUUUCCAGCAGACCGGCUCCCAAAGCGCCUGCCAGUGAGAAGAAGGAGCGUCCUACGAGCACCAUGAGCGAGGCGUCCAACUACACCGGAGGCUCCGACUACACCGCGCAGCCCAGCAGCCCCACAGCCAGACCCUCGAGGUCUUCAAAAAAAGUCCACAAUUUUGGCAAGAGGUCCAACUCGAUAAAGAGGAACCCAAACGCGCCGGUGGUGAAGAGCGGCUGGCUUUACAAACAGGACAGCACAGGGAUGAAGAUGUGGAAGAAGAGGUGGUUUGUGCUGUCGGACAUGUGCCUGUUCUAUUACAGAGAUGAAAAAGAAGAGGGAAUCCUUGGGAGCAUCCUUCUGCCCAGCUUCCACAUCUCCAUGCUGUCUGUGGACGACCACAUAAGCAAGAAAUAUGCCUUCAAGGCUACACAUCCAAACAUGCGGACGUACUACUUCUGCACUGACACGGCCAAAGAGAUGGAGUCUUGGAUGAAGGUGAUGACGGACGCAGCGCUGGUCCACACGGAGCCCAUCAGAAGGCUGGAGAAGACGAAGGUAGACCCACGCAGCCCGCAGGAGAUGAACAACAUGUUGAAUCACCGAGUUCUAACCCGACCUGAAAUCCAGAACAACGAGAGGAACCGGGAGAGCCUUCGGCAGGAGGACAAGAAACAGAAGCAGCUGGAGAAGCAGCCCAGCAUCCACAGAGAGAAGGACAGAAGUCUGUCACUGAAAGACUCUGACAAGCUCUCACACCAGAAAGAGGAGAAGUACGUCCCGCAGAAAGAUGGGCACAAGUACGCUGCGCAGAAGGAUGAAGACAGGUACAUGUUGCAGAAAGAUGUGGAAAAGCUUGUUCUCCAGAAGGACGGGGAGAGGUACGCUCUGCAGAAGGAUGGAGAACGGUAUACCCUGCAGAAAGACGGAGAGAAGUACCUGCUGCAGAAAGACGGGCAGAGAUAUACGCUGCACAAAGACGGAGAGAAAUACGCGCUUCCGAAGGACGCGCUGCAGAAAGACGGUGAGAAGUAUCUGCAGAAAGACGCGGGGCGCCCCCUGCAGAAAGACAAAGAGAAAGUGAUGCUGCAAAAAGAGCCAGAGAAGAUCAGCCUUCACAGAGAAGGUGAGCAGUAUGGCUUCCAGAAGGAGCUGGGUGUGGAGCGACCCCUCACCAAAAUCAACAGCAUCAAGCUGCAGCCGGCCCAGGCGGCCGCCAUCGCCGCCGCCGUCUCCUCUUCGCGGCAGCUCCAGAGCGCAGGAGCUCCCGCCCCGUACAAAGCAGCGGCACAGGUCAACGGCUCCGGAGAGCGAGGAGGAGAGCGGAGCCCAGGAAACACGGUUGGGGCUCUUCCACAGAGAACGGCGGUCCAGCCUCAGUCCACCGAGCCAGAAAGAGCGCUGAGCAGAACCGACUCCAUGCAGCAGUUAGAGCAGUGGGUCAGGAUGCACCGCACGCGAGGGCAGGACGACGACACGCGGAGCAUCACCUCCUAUCAGACGCUGCCCAGAAACAUGCCGAGCCAUCGCGCGCAGGUGGUGCCGCGCUAUCCAGAGGGCUACCGCACACUUCCUCGCAACAUGCUGCGACCGGACAGCAUCUGCAGCGUCGCGGGCUCGGUGUACGACCGCGCGCUGCAGCCCACCGCAGCGGAGAAGCGGCGCUCCAUGCGUGACGACACCAUGUGGCAGCUGUACGAGUGGCAGCAGAGGCAGGCACACAGCCGGCUGGGCUACGGCACGCUGCCCAGCCCCAAAACUAUGGGCCACAUCACCGAGUCCAUCCCCUCCUCGCCCUCCCACGGCUCGCUGGCUCUGUACCACUCCGUCUCCCCCAACCGGCCCUUCAACCCGAGCUCCGAGGUCUCCUCGCCGGUGUUCCGAGGAGACGUCAGUAUUGACCGGCGCCACAGAGCUCACCUCACAAAGUACGCAUACCUGCCUGAUCGCAGAGCUCCAGCAGCUCAGAGCAUCACGCCUCAGUCCCUGCAGGGUAAAACGCCAGAGGAGCUGACCCUGCUGCUUAUCAAGCUGCGACGGCAGCAGGCUGAGCUCAACAGCAUCCGAGAGCACACUCUUGCUCAGCUAAUGCAGCUAAACCUCGAUGCCACCAACCCAAAGAGCGAGAUCCUCUCCCACCACCUGCAGAGGAAUCUCAUGUAUUUGGACAGCCAGAUGAAGGAGAACGAGCCAAUAAUCUUCAUGAUUCACACUAUGAUUGAGAACUCAGCUCCAAGGCCUCAACUUUACCAGCAAAUGAGCCCUGAGGAGUACAGAGAGAACACCUUCAGCUGCAGACCUGACGAACUGGAUGUUGAUGCUAAGCUAAGCAGGCUGUGUGAACAAGGCAAAGUGGUGCGCACUCAGGAGGAGAAGCUUCAGCAGCUCCACAGAGAGAAGCACACUCUGGAGACAGCCCUGCUGUCGGCCAGUCAGGAGAUCGAGAUGAGCACUGAUAAUCCAGCAGCUGUGCAGAGCGUCAUCCAGCAGAGGGAUGUUCUGCAGAGCGGCCUCCUCAGCACCUGCAGAGAACUUUCCCGCGUCAACGCCGAGCUGGAUCGGAGCUGGAGGGAGUACGAUAAGCUGGAGGCUGAUGUCACGUUGGCUAAGAGGAACCUGCUGGAACAGCUAGAGGCUCUCGGCAGUCCGCAGACGGAACCUCCGAGUCAGCAGCACGUACAGAUCCAGAAGGAACUCUGGAGAAUUCAGGACGUGAUGGAAGCUUUGAACAAAAACAAGCCAAAGAGGAGCACUGAACCCAGUUUUCCGGGAGCCAAUCCGAUCUCCAGCCUUCAGAAGAGCGAGGAGUCAGACUCCGUGCCCCCGCGUCCUCCACUUCCUCAGCUGUACGAGGGCGGAGAGCGACCGUGCGUGCCCCCCCUGCCCUGCCCCGGCUCCGCACAGCCGCACAUGCCUCGCACAACCGCACACCGGCCUGAGGACCGCAAGGCCGCCCAACGCAACGGCAGCCACAGCGGUCCAGACUACAGACUUUAUAAGAGUGAACCAGAGCUGACCACAGUGGCUGAAGUAGACGAGAGUAAUGGAGAGGACAAAUCUGAACAAGCUGCUGAAAAAGAGCCUUCUAGUACUAAAGGGAUGCCGUAUCCUGUGGGUGUCGUGAGUCCCAGAACAAAGUCUCAGAUGCCGGAAUCCUCCACUAUCGCCUCUUAUGUGACACUGAGGAAGAACAAGAAGCCUGACCCAAGAACAGACCGUCCACGCAGCGCAGUAGAGCAGAUGACCGGCGGUGUGGAGGGAGCUCGGCAGCGCAUGAGCGUUGAGGAGCAGAUGGAGCGAAUUCGAAGGCAUCAACAGGGGGCGCUACGUGAGCGUGAGAGGAGGAGGGAGGAGAGCGCCCUCUCACACAGUCUGUCCUUCAGUAAAGACCAUCCAUACUACUACACCCUGCAGACGAGGAGCUCCGCGUUGUCACCAGAAGAGCAGGAUGGUAGGAGGAAAGAGAGAGAGAGAGAGCGGGAGAGAGAGAGAGAGAUGUCUCCCGGAGAGCGAGAGCUGAUGAAAGUGACAGCCACAUUGAAAGAGACCCCCAAACCAGCUGAGGAGGAGCAGGGUGAGGUUUGUCAGAAGACUUCUGAAACCAGCCGAAGCCCCGAGCAGCAGAGACAGAAAGAGCUGGCGGCCGACCGCCUCAAAACCCUGCCCACCGAGAACAGUCUGCAGACAGCAGUGAUGGUACGAGUGGGCACAGAGGAGGAUGAAGAGGAGGAGGAGGAGGAGGAGGAGGAGGAAAAGCUCUCUGGACAGAGUCAAGAUCAGAUCAUCACAGCCCCCUAUGACGUCACUGCCUCCAAACACGGCAAUCUGGUUUCAGUGAACAGCCUGCCCAGUCCAGCUCGGUCUCCAGGCUCCUCCCCCCCCCCGCCACCGCAGCUGCCCGACGGGUCGCACUUCAUGUGUGUGUAGUGGAGAAACAGUACACUCAGCCGCAUUAACAUCCCUGAACGUGACCGUGUGACGGAGGUUCUGCUGGAGAACCGAAACGCAGCGCUGGAGUUCAGACUGAUGUUCAUGAACUGAGCUGCAGCUCCGACCUUCGUCUUAUUCCCCCAACAGCCAAACCUACACGAUAGUUUAUAUUAUUUAUGAUAUUGUUAUUAUUUCUGUUUUAUUGUGGUUCUGAUGAUUGCAGAGUUUUAUUCUGUGUUUAGUUUGUAUGAAGGGAAGUGAAGCUCAGCCGCGGAGACGUUUUAGAUGUUUAAUUAUUAGAGCAGCCGCACCUGACUGGAGCCUGAACAUCAGAUAGGUACUCUCUCUCUCUCUCUCUCUCUCUCUCUGUGUCUCUCUCUCUCUCUCUCUGUCUCUCUCUCUCUCUCUCUCUCUCUCUGUCUC